GUCAGUGGACAGCAACGCGCGCGCAUGCGCAGUAGCAAUCGAGUUGAAGCUGCCCAAUAAAAACAGUAACAACAUCUAAAAGUCGCCUAUAAUCGCCUAUAUUUGGUAUCUCAAAACACUGGUCUAUCCAACGAAGGAGACCAACACGUAUAUUGCAUACAGAUACUGGCAGCUUAUAAAGAUGCGAUCAGCGUUCCUGCUAAUACUCUGGACAUGCUUCGAGUGCAGCCAUUGCCAGUUGCUGGUCGAUUUGGUGCGAGACUUUGAGACUUCAUUGCUAAACACUCGCAUUCCGGACACCACAGCCUUUCUGCCGGAGUAUGAUUUCAUCAUUGUGGGGGCAGGAUCCGCGGGAUGUGUGCUGGCCAAUCGGUUGAGCGAGAUAAGCACAGCUCGAGUCCUGCUGCUGGAAGCCGGUGAUCAGGAGACAUUUAUCAGCGAUGUACCGCUAACGGCGGCUCUCACGCAGACUACGCGCUACAAUUGGGGAUACAAGGCGGAGGCCACGCCCAAUGCCUGCCAGGGCCUGAGGAAUGGCGUCUGCAAUUGGCCCAAAGGACGCGGCAUUGGCGGCACCAGUCUCAUUAAUUUUAUGCUAUACACACGUGGACAUCGUCGGGACUAUGACGGUUGGGCAGCUGCCAACAACUCGGGCUGGUCGUAUAAGGAGGUGUUGCCGUAUUUCAAGAAAUCGGAACGCAUUGGCAUCCCAGAUUUAUACAAAUCGCCGUAUCAUGGCCGGAAUGGGCCGUUGGAUGUGCAGUACACGGACUACAAGUCGCGUCAGAUGAAGGCGUUCCUCAAGUCGGGUCGAGAAAUGGGCUACGAGAUAACCGAUACCAAUGGGGAGCAGUUGAUGGGAUUCUCACGGGCACAGGCCACCAUACGACAGGGCAGACGCUGCAGCACCAGCAAGGCCUUCAUUCAGCCCGUGUUGCAGCGUCGCAAUCUGCACAUUUCCAUGAAGAGUUGGGUCACCAAGCUGCUCAUCGAUCCCAGCACCAAGAUGGCCACCGGAGUGGAGUUCACCAAGCAGCAUCAACGGUUUGUGGUGCGUGCCAGCAAGGAGGUUAUACUGUCUGCUGGCGCCAUUGCCAGUCCACAGCUGUUGAUGUUGUCUGGAGUGGGUCCAAGGGCUCACCUCCAGGAGCACAAUAUACCGGUGAUCCAGGAUCUGUCAGUUGGCUACAAUCUGCAGGAUCACAUCACACUGAACGGCCUAGUGUUUAUGGUCAACGAUUCCACAGUAAACGAUGCACGUCUUCUCAAUCCCCAGGACAUCUUUCGCUACAUCUUUAACGGCCAAGGACCGUAUACUAUACCCGGAGGAGCUGAGGCAUUUGCCUUUGUGCGCACACCCAGCUCCACUUUUGCUAAGGAUUAUGCGGAUAUGGAGCUGGUUUUGGGUGCAGGGUCUCUGAGCGGUGAUCGCUUUGGCACGCUCCGUGAUUUGCUGGGCAUCACGGAUCAGUUCUACGAGAAAAUGUUUGGAGAUAUACAGCACAGGGACACGUUUGGUCUGGUGCCGGUGCUGCUGAGACCCAAGAGCACUGGACGAAUCUCUCUGCGUAGCCGCAAUCCCUUCCACUGGCCACGCAUGGAACCCAACUUUAUGCAGCAUCCGGACGAUGUGCGAUCCAUGAUCGAGGGCAUUGAAAUGAUCCUGCAACUGUCACGCACGAAGCCAAUGCAGAAGAUUGGCACCCGUUUUCAUGACCGCGCCUUUCCGGGCUGUGAGCACCUGAUCUUUGCCAGCAACGACUAUUGGCGCUGUUGCCUGCGGCUUUACGGCUCCAGUCUGCAGCAUCAGUCCGGAACCUGCAAGAUGGGUCCUUCCACAGAUGCUACGGCUGUCGUAGAUCCUGAGUUGAGGGUUCAUGGAAUUCGGCAUCUGCGAGUGGCAGACGCCUCGAUUAUGCCACAUGUUCCGGCCGGUCACACGAAUGCAAUUGUCAUCAUGAUAGCCGAAAAAGCUGCGGACAUGAUCAAGAAUGCGUGGCGCAUGAAAAUUGUCCCACUAGAUAAAUAGGCGUAACCAAAUAUCCCAUAAUAAUUUAUAUUUAUUGUUCAUUAGUCAUUAAUUUUAACGGGUCAUAGUUUAAAUAUUGUAACAGCCUCUUGUCAUGAAAUAUUUCUCGGAAAUUCGUUAGUCAGGCAAUUUUUAAGGCAGAAUCAGUGGCUUGUUGUGAAAAAAGUAAAUUGGUUCUUCACUUAUUCGAAUGUUCUAUUAUAAGCUUACCCCAUAAGUAUUUACCACUCAAAUAAAAUACAUAUACAUAAAUACCAUA